AUGUUGUUGUUGUCGCUGCCCAUUCCAGUACUGGGUUUCCAGGACAAGCAGAAGGUGUUUGUGAACGGCACCUGCACCCUGAACGAGCCUCGGUUCGUCCUUGUUGGCUCAUCCGUGGCCUUCUUCGUUCCUCUGGUCAUCAUGGUGGUCUGCUAUUACCUCACUCUCCGUGAUCUCCAGAGGCACAGCGCUUCCUUCCCGCAAGAGAGCAAGAGCCACUCCAAACGUUCUUCUGUGCAGACAAGUGACACGAGUCUGCUUAACAGUAAGUCCUCCACUAACAAGUCUGCACAAGGUCCACGAGGCCAAGGCAGACGAGGCAUGAUUCAAGCUUUGAACAAUGAGCAACGAGCCUCCAAAGUCUUGGGGAUUGUGUUUUUUCUCUUCCUGGUCAUGUGGUGUCCGUUCUUCAUCACCAAUGUGCUGAUCGCCGUCUGUCAGGACAACUGCAGCGAGCAUCUCUAUAACCUCAUUCACUUUUUUGUCUGGGUGGGAUAUAUCUCCUCUGGAGUGAAUCCUCUGAUCUACACCCUUUUCAACGAGAUUUAUCGACAAGCCUUCGCUCGCUAUCUACGAUGUAAAUAUCAUGAAGACGUGCCGCAGAAGAAGGCCCAGGCCAUCCGAUAAUAUUCACACAG